CUGCCAACAAGUUCCACAUAUCCAAAUUAUGGCCGCCAAGGUGCACCCCAACGUCGCCGUGCCAGAGCCUCCCUGCAUUAGCGCCGGCAUCGUUUCCCAACAACAAGAUCAAGAUCAGCCGCCGGUGGUGCUCACGGUGUGGCGCAAGUCGCUGCUCUUCAACUGCCACGGCUUCACCGUCUUCGACGCCAAGGGCAACCUCGCCUUCCGCGUCGACUGCUACGACGCCUCCUCCUCCACCACGUCCAGGCGCCCCAAGCUCGUCCUCAUGGACGUCGCCGGCAACCCACUCCUCACCAUCCGCCGCAAGAGGCUCAGCCUCAGCCUGUCCGACACCUGGGUCAUCUACGACGGCGACGGCAAGGGGGCCUCCACGCCGCUCCUCUCCGUCCGCCGCCAGCUCCGCGGCCUCCGCGCCUCCAAGGCGCUCGCGCACGUCACGCCGCUCUCCUCCUCCCUGCCGCGGCCCGAGGCCUACGUGGUGGAGGGCUCCUACGGGCGCCGGGCCUGCGCGGUGCGCGACGCGCGCGGGGACGCCGUGGCGGAGGUCAGGCGGAAGGAAUCGGUCGGGGACGACGUGUUCCGCCUGGUGGCGGAGCCACGCCUCGGCGCGCCGCUCGCCAUGGCCAUCGUCAUCGCCAUCGACGAGAUGUUCCGCGGCGGCAGCUCGAUUCUGCGGAGGACAUGCUCCGCCUAGCUACUCCAUCUCCAAAAAAAUCGAUUCUUUCUUUCCUCUCCUUGGUGUACAGUACAAAGUAGAAACUACAGAAACUUCACCUCUGCCUCCUUGGACCUGGAAUCAAGGGGAUCAAAAGCUGGAGGCCCCACCUGUCAGCCUCAGUGGCAGUUGAUCCAACCAUCCUGUAGUAGCUGAGCUAGAUUCAGGGCACUGAACACCCAAACAAAGAACAGAGGGAAAUAUGACAAACUUGUCCUAGAUGUUUCUCUACUAGUAGAGAAUAUAUCUAGCUAGCUGAUGGUUAGUAAGUACUUAAGCAUCAUGAAAAUCCAUUCUGAUAAUAGGAAGGUAGGAUUAAUUGAUACAUGCUUCUGAAUGAAAGUAGGAAAGCAGAAGCACAUACAACAAGGGGGAUUGUAUUUGUUGUUCCCCGGAUGUUACAAAAUAGUAUUAUCUGGAGCAAUGAAACUGCUUCUAUUUAUCAUUC